GAUUCUCUCCUUUCCCACCCACUUUCCCUCUAUUUAUCCACCUGUCUUCCUUUUCCCAAUUCCCACACCACAGUAAGCCUACACCCAUAAGAAAUGGCAGCUAAGCAGACAGUAGCAAUUAUUGCUGCCACCGUCUUUGUAUUAACAUUCUGUAGGUGCGCGAUGGGACAGGCAGCGGCACCUGAGCCGGCAGCCGUGGCUUUGGGUCCAUCAGCAGAGGCACCGACGGCGGAUUGUUUCAACGCCUUAUUGAACUUAUCGGAUUGCUUGACGUUCGUGGGGGCAGGGAGCAAUCUGACGAAGCCGGACAAAGCAUGCUGCCCGGAGCUGGCGGGGCUUGUGGAAAGCACUCCACGAUGUUUGUGCAAAUUGUUGGAUAAUAAGACUACUGCUGGGAUGGGGAUCAACAUCGAUAUGAAGAAAGCUCUUGAUCUUCCCACUGUUUGUCGUGUUUCCACUCCUCCUGUUAGUCUCUGCUCAGUUAUCAACGGCGCUCCGGCAAUUUCACCAGGUGGAGGCAGCCCUUCAAAUGGAGUUUCUAAAGUAUCAGUGAUUCCCUUCGCAAUGGCUAUUCCCAUUUUACCCACAUUUUUUCUCCUCUGAUUUCAAUUUCUUUACUCCAUCACUGUAUUAUUAUUAUUUUAAGGAUUAAAAGAUUUCCAUAUCUUUUCAGCUUAACAAUCACGCCAUUGAUUACCCA